AUGGCACCGGAGGAGAAGGAUCCCCAGGCAGCUGCAGCAGCAGCACCGCCUCCCCCUGAGGCCAAUGCGGCUGCUGGAGAGAAGGAGGAGGACCCUGAGAGGAAGAAGAAGAAGGAGGAGAAGGUGGGCCUUGUAGUGGCGCGGGAGAAGGAGCUGAAGAAACAGAAGGCGGCGGAGAAGGCAGCCAAGGCCAAGGCAGCCGCUGCUGCUGCCGCUUCUGCUGAGCCGUCCAAGAAGGCCGAGGCGAAGGCAAAGAAGGCAGCAGCGGCAGCAGCAGGGGGAGGGGCAGGCGAGGAGGCAGAUGCAGCGAAUCCGCCCACGGAGCCUGGGCAGAAGAAGAAACUCGCCAAGGAGAUGGCCAAGGCGUACAACCCCAAGGCCGUUGAAGCAUCGUGGUACGAGUGGUGGGAGCAGGCAGGGUUCUUCAAGGGCGACAACCAGAGCACCAAGCCUCCCUUCGUCAUUGUGGUGCCGCCCCCCAAUGUGACAGGAGCGCUGCACAUCGGGCACGGGCUGACAGCAGCAGUGGAGGACACGAUCGUGCGGUGGAAGCGCAUGAGCGGCUACAACGUGUGCUGGGUGCCGGGGACCGACCAUGCGGGGAUUGCCACCCAGGUGGUGGUGGAGAAGAAGCUCAUGCGGGAGAAGGGUCUGUCUCGCCACGACGUGGGCAGGGAGGACUUUGUCAAGGAGGUGUGGAAGUGGAAGGAGGACUAUGGAGGCCGCGUUGGGAACCAGCAGCGCAAGAUGGGCGCGUCCCUUGACUGGUCCCGCGAGUGUUUCACAAUGGACGACAAGCUCUCCCGUGCUGUCACAGAGGCGUUUGUCAGGCUGCAUGACCAGGGGCUCAUCUACAGGGAUAACCGCCUGAUCAACUGGGACUGUGUCCUCCGAACAGUCAUCUCCGAUAUUGAGGUGGAAUACCACGAGCUGAAGGGGCGCACGCUCCUCCCUGUCCCAGGCUACGAAAAGCCAGUGGAAUUCGGAGCUAUCACCUCCUUCGCAUACCCCUUAGAAGCCGACUCGGCACAGGGAGAAGGCGCCGCUGGUGCAGGCAGCGAGGGGGCUUUGACUGAGAUUGUGGUGGCAACCACCCGGCCGGAGACCAUGCUGGGGGAUACGGCUGUGGCUGUUCAUCCGGAUGAUCCUCGUUAUAAGGCGCUUCACGGCAAGUUUGCGGUGCACCCGUUCAGCGGGAGGCGGAUUCCGAUUAUGUGCGAUGCUGAGCUGGUGGACAUGGCGUUUGGGACUGGUGCUGUGAAGAUCACGCCUGCCCAUGAUCCCAACGAUUUUGCGACCGGCAAGAGGCACAACUUGGAAUUCAUCAAUAUCUUUACGGAUGACGGGCUGAUUAAUGCUAACGGUGGGAAGGAGUUCGAAGGGAUGAAGCGGUUUGACGCGCGCACGGCUGUUCUGGAGAAGCUGCAGGAGAAGGGCCUUUAUCGGGGAGUGGCAGACAACCCCAUGCGGCUGGGCUUCUGCUCGCGCAGCAAGGACAUCAUCGAGCCCAUGCUCAAGCCGCAGUGGUAUGUCAGCUGCGCUGACGUGGCGGCUGACGCGUGCCAGGCUGUCAGGGACGGCCAGCUGGAGUUCAUCCCCAAGGCGCACGAGGAGACCUGGUUCAGAUGGCUGGAGAACAUCCGUGAUUGGUGCAUCUCCCGCCAGCUCUGGAGGGGCCACCGCAUCCCCGCGUGGUACGUCACCUUCGACCAAUCAGACGAGGCCGCCGCCCGCGACUUCCCCGUCCGCGACUUCGGCGCGUACAACACCAACUGGGUCGUCGCCCGCACCGACGAAGACGCGCGCCGGGCAGCCGAAAAGAAGUUUCCGGGCAGGAAAUUCGAGCUCGGGCGGGAUCCGGAUGUGCUGGACACGUGGUUUUCGUCGGGGCUGUUUCCGUUCUCGGGCAACGUGAUCGACCCUCUGGAGGUGAUCAACGGCAUCACCCUGCAGCAGAUGCACCCCACCGACUCACUCUCCUCCCCUUUAAACCUCCCUAUCCUCCCGACCCUCCCACAGGUGUACCUGCACGCCAUGGUCCGGGACGCACACGGGCGCAAGAUGUCCAAAUCACUGGGCAACGUGAUCGACCCAUUGGAGGUGAUCAACGGCAUCACCCUGCAGCAGCUGCAGGCGAAUCUCGAGAAGGGCAAUCUGGAUCCGCGGGAGGUGAAGAAGGCCCAGGCAGGGCAGGCUGCGGAUUUCCCCAACGGCAUUGCUGACUACAGCCUACAGGUGAACCUCGAGAAGGGCAAUCUGGAUCCGCGGGAGGUGAAGAAGGCGCAGGCAGGGCAGGCCGCGGACUUCCCUAACGGGAUUGCUGAGUGCGGCUGCGACGCCCUGCGAUUCGCCCUCGUCAACUACACCACGCAGCGAGUGCAUGGCUAUCUAUCACCGCUGCUGCAACAAGCUGUGCUGUGCACGUGUGACGACUCACUCGCCACUCCACUGCCCCGUCUCUUCCUCUCUCCUCUCUGCCAUCCCCCCUGCCCACCCAACCCCCGCCCCCGCCAGUGGAUGAACAUCAACCUGGACAUUCAGCGAGUGCACGGCUACCGCCUCUGGUGCAACAAGCUGUGGAACGCAAUCCGAUUCGCCAUGCUCAACCUUGGAGACUCCUUCACACCCCCGUCCGUGCUCCCCCAACCCUCCCCCUCCUCCUCCGAUUCCUCCUCCUCGCCUGCCCUCACUCCCACGCUCAACUUCGCCUUCUCCGCGCCGCUCCCGCUGUCCUGUCGCUGGAUUCUCUCCGUGCUGAAUGCCGCGGUUACGCGUGCGGUAACCGCGCUGGAGGGGUAUGACCUGGCAGAGGCGACCAAUGCAGCGUACGCGUGGUGGCAGUACCAGCUGUGCGAUGUCUUUAUUGAAGUGGCGAAACCAGCUUUCAAUGCAGCUGAAGGAGAGGAAGCACUCAAGCUGAAGCAGGUGGGCAGUGGAGUAACCGCGCUGGAGGGGUAUGACCUAGCAGAGGCAAUGAAUGCGGCGUACGUGUGGUGGCAGUACCAGCUGUGUGACGUGUUCAUUGAAGUGACCCACUUCAAGGUCAAGCGAGCAGAGGUCAAGCGAGUGGAGGCCCGGGCGGGAGAGGAAGAAGCGGACGGUUUGCAUCCACUGCGGGGGCUGCUCGUCGUGACUCGUGAGGUCCUCUGGGUGUGUCUGGACGCGGGUCUGCGUCUCCUGCACCCCUUCAUGCCAUUCGUCACGGAGGAGCUCUGGCAACGCCUGCCCAAACCAGCAGACUACUCCUGGCCUUCGAUCAUGCUCGCUCCUUACCCGUCGCCCGUCAAGGAGUGGGCGGAUCCCGAUGCAGAGGCAAUGAUGGCGACAGCAGAGAGCGCUGUUCGCUCCAUCCGCUCCCUGCGCAUGGCGUAUGCGCUGCAGCCCAAGCAGCGGCCCACCGCUUAUGCUCAGUGCAAGAGUGAGGCAGCUACUGCUGCUGUGACGGCUGCUGUGGGGGAGAUCAAGACUCUUGCCACACUCGCUGAGCUGCAGGUGCUCCCAGCAGGCGAGGCAGCCCCAGCAGGGUGUGCAGUGGCAAUAGUGGAUGAGAGUCUUUCCGUGCACGUGCUGCUGAGGGGCAUGGUGGAUGCCAAGGCAGAGGCGCAGAAGCUGGGCAAGCGCAAGAACGAAACAGCCAAGGGCAUGGUGGAUGCCAAGGCGGAGGCACAGAGGCUGGGCAAGCGCAAGAACGAAAACACCAAGCUUCAAGAGGCGCUGGCCAAGAAGAGAAGGUGCCAACGAACGUGGCUGCAGGAGGCUCUUGCCAAGAAGAUGGGCGUGCCGGGAUACGAGGAGAAGGUGCCAGCAAACGAGGCUCUCGCCAAGAAGAUGGGUGUGCCGGGGUACGAGGAGAAGGUGCCAGCAAACGUGCGGGAGGAGAAUGCCAGCAAGGCUGCCAAGCUGGCGGCUGAGCUGGCGAGCAUUGACGAGGCGAUCAAGAACUUUGAGAAGCUGAUGCUGGAUGAAUCCUCUGCGUAA